GUUCGGAAAGGUCUGUGCUGGGAAAUUGAGGCGGGAGAGAGAGAGGCCUAGAAGGAAGCUGUGCUCGCUGUUCGGAGGACCCAGAGGUAGAAGAAGAAGCUUCUCUCUCCCUUUCCUUCUGCCAACAUCUAAGGAGGAUCCCAGGUGCUCAGACAGAGGGGAGCCUCCAUUGAAUUCAUCUUCCAUAGAAGAAACUGCAGGAAAGAUGCCCAUGAAACAGGUAACCUUUGAAGAUGUGGCUGUGUAUUUCACAGAGGAGGAAUGGACUUUGCUGGAUGAGAACCAAAGAUCUUUGUAUUGGGAUGUCAUGAUGGACAACUAUGAAAAUGUAUCUUCGCUGGGAGACAUUGAGAAUCAUCAGAGAGUCCACGCAGGAGAGAAACCAUACAAAUGCCAGCAGUGUGGAAAAUAUUUUAAAGAUAAGUUAGUCUAUUCAAGACAUCAAAAAGUCCACACAGGAGAGAAACCAUACAAAUGCCAGCAGUGUGGAAAAUGUUUUGCUCGCAAGGCAACCCUUCAGAGACACCAGAGUCUCCACACAGGAGAGAAACCAUACGAAUGCCAGCAGUGUGGAAAAUGUUUUGUUCAAAAGUCAAGCCUUGUGAUACACCAGAGUCUCCACACAGGAGAGAAACCUUACAAAUGCCAGCACUGUGAGAAAUGUUUUGCUGACAAGUCACAGCUUGGGAGACACCAGAGAGUUCAUACUGGAGAGAAACCAUACAAAUGCCAGGAGUGUGGGAAAUGCUUUGCUCGAAAGUCAAACCUCUUGAUCCAUCAGAGAAGCCACACAGGAGAGAAACCAUACAGAUGCCAUCAGUGUGGAAAAUGUUUUGCUCAACAGUCAGUCCUUGGGAGACAUCAGAUUCUCCACACAGGAGAGAAACCAUAUGAGUGCCAGCAGUGUGGGAAAUGUUUUGCUCAAAAGCCACACCUUGUAAUACACCAGACUCUGCACACAGGAGAGAAACCAUAUGAAUGCCAUCAGUGUGGAAAAUGCUUUGCUCGAAAGUCAAACCUCUUGAUCCAUCAGAGCAUCCACACAGGAGAGAAACCAUACAGAUGCCCGGACUGUGGAAAAUGUUUAGCUAACAAAUCACACUUUGUGGUUCAUCAGAGAGUCCACACAGGAGAGAAACCAUACAGGUGCCAACAGUGUGGGAAAUGUUUUGCUCACAAGUCACACCUAAACAGACACCAGAGUGUCCACAAAGAACAGAAACCAUACAAAUGCCAGUAAUGUGGAAAAUGUUUUGUUUACAAGUCAGCCUUUGCAACACAUUAAAGAAACCAUACAGGACAGAAACCAUAGAAAUGCUAACUGUGUGGGAAAUUUUGGACUCAGAAAUCAUCCCUUUUGAAGCAUCAGAAUGUCUAUGCUGGCGAGAAAGUUGACAAAUGAAAUACUUUUUGUUUGCAAAGUCACUAUAUCUGGUUUGUAAAACUGUUAAAACCCCCUUUCAUGAUAUUUACCUUGAAAGGAUGUGAUAUUAAAGUAUCCAUUAAACUUC